UUCGUUAGCAGCCAGUGACUGAAGUUGACGGGGUUUCUGUUGCGAUUGUUGUGUGCUCUGUAUGAUGGGAUCUGCUGAAAUGGAGAAAGCAGAUCCUUGAUGUUUGUGAGCUGCACUUUCAAAGCAGAAAGUUUCGUAUUUGUGAAGUCACUCGUUUUUUGUUGAACUAGUUUAGUGUACACUCGUUAGAACUGCUUAGCAAGUGUGAAUUUUACUGUCAGUAGAAAGCGCCUCGACUUCCGUUCACGUGACCAUAUCUGUGUUGCAUAGCAUGGCGCACUUCCUUCAGUUGGCUGCUAAAGUUAGCGAGGCCACGCGUAGUUUGGUACGAGACGAACUUGUAAAAGCUGGUCUAGACGUCAAAGAAGACGAACACGACCGGGAUGUGUUGAUAGUUGAAGCGUCGUUUGACCUUUUGAUUUCUGAGGCGGAAGCGUUAAAUCUAGAAAGACCUCUUGCUAGAAUCGAGGAGAACGUUCUAGGACACAACAUUCCUUUGAUGGCUUCCUUUAAGAAAUCAGAGCUGAAAAGAUUUCAUAGCGCUGAUGAUCCAGACAAUUUCUUUAGUCCAGCAGAUAAGACUCGUUUGACAUGGAGUAUAAUGAGGAAGAUUUCCGUUCCAUUUCAAACAUUGGAGAUUCUUGGUCAUACAGUCAGCAAUCCUGAUGAUCCAUUUAUCUUGGCUUGCACACAUUCAGAACCCCCAGUCCUCAACUUUGCACAAGCUCUUCACGAAUCCAAGACAGUUCGACAGGAAAUCGAGAAAUCAGUUAUGCUGCAAAGCUUUGUUGCAUCCAAGGAAGCAGUGACAAAAAUCAGAAAUUACUUCGGAGAAGAGGUGGCUAUGUACUUUGUCUGGAUGGAUUUCUUUGGCAAGAUGCUUCUCUUUCCGGCACUGUUUGGUAUUGCUUAUUACAUCCUGAGACCAGACAAUGUAAGUGUUGAGGAGGAUCCAUUCAUGCCUGUCUUUUCAGCAUUUAUGGCUUUAUGGAGCAUUCUGUAUCUUGUGUUGUGGCGAUGCCAUUGUUCACAUUUCUCUCUACUGUGGAAUACAUACGAAUAUCAACGAAAUGUGGAACCCAAUCGAGCAUUUAAAGGCUUCGAAAGGAUCAGUCCCGUGACCGAUAAGAAAGAGAUCUACUUUUCUAACUACCAGAGAGCGCUUCGAUAUCUCUUUAGCUUUGCUGUGAUGCUAGUAAUGGUAGGACUUGCUGUCAUUGCCAUGACCAUAUCACUCAAUCUGAACGGCUAUGUAACUGAUCGCAACAGCCCAAUCUAUAUUGCAUACUUGGCUUCAUUUGCAGCACCAGGUGGAAUAUUUGCAGCCGACAGUCCCUAUUUUGGGUGGGUUAUUCCUGCUAUGGGCCACACGAUCGCCAUUGGAACUCUUAACCACAUUUACAGCUCGGUUGCUGUGAAAUGCACUGAUUAUGAAAACCACAUGAGGGUACAGGAGUGGAAGAAUUCAGUGAUUGGAAAGAGAGUCAUAUUCGAAGCUCUAAAUUGUUUUAUUGCACCGUUGUAUAUCACAUUCUACCAGAUGGAUGUUGUUGCUCUUCAUCGUGUGAUGAUUAGAUUGUUUUGGUGUGAUGAGUUUCGUAGGCUCGCAACAGAAGCAGGCUUACCGUUUCUCGCAGGAAAAGUCAAAUUGUUUAGUGUGUCCAAGUCCGACAAGGGAAACAGAUUUCAGUUUAAGAAAGUCGAGAAACUUGAAGACGUUACUCUCGAGCACUACGAACAGUUUGCUGACUACUUGGAAAUGGUUAUUCAAUUUGGGUACGUGACUUUGUUUGCUGCCGCCGUUCCUCUUGCUUCGUUAAUCAGCAUCAUUUUCAUCAUGGUUGAAACACGUUCUGACAUCUGGAGGCUUCUGCAUGCCUACAGAAGACCUCGUGUUAGACGUGCUUGCGAUAUAGGGGUUUGGUUUUACGUCAUGCUGUGUAUGGUUGGUUUGUCUAUGCUGACCAACAGUUUCAUUGCUUUCGUUUCGUCUAACCAGAUGGACUACUGGCUGCCAAGCCACAAGGACAACGAUGUUCAUUCGAUGGUGCUGGCAUUUAGUGUCGAGCACUUUUUGUUGAUGGUCGCAUUGCUGGCUCAUGCAUACCUUCCCAAACAGUAUGCAUGGGUAAAGGCAGCUAUCGACAGACGAGCUUACAAGAAACGGGUUGCAAGAGAGCAAGCUGUUGUGGAGGCUGCAGCAAAGGCAGGAAUUAAUAUUGAUCUCCGGAGGCAAAGUGAAGUAGUUCAAUGAAACGGAACUAUUGUAGAAGGUUGGGUGUUAUAUCAUUGAAUUGUAGUUCUAUGUUAGGUCCACAGAAUCUAGUGUAUCAUUGUGUUUCCUA